AUGUCAGUUCUUAUCUCAGGAGCCAAUGGAUUCAUUGCAACACAUAUUGUCGACACUCUGCUUGAAGCAGGCUACUCAGUCAUUGGCACUGUCAGAUCGGCUACAAAGGCCGAGCCCCUGCGUAGAGAUUUCCUCAAGAAGUACCCAACUGGAAAAUUGACUUUUGAAGUCGUGGAAGACAUUACAGUGGAGGGUGCAUUUGAUGGAGUACUGCAGAACUAUCAAGAUGUCAAGUACGUCCUUCAUACUGCUUCCCCUGCAACACUCGGACUGGAUAAACCUUUAAAAGAGGCAUACUUGGAUCCAGCAUUGGCGGGUACUCUCAGUAUUCUCAAAUCCAUCAAAGAGCAUGCUCCUCAGGUGACAAACGUGGUUAUUACAUCUUCGUUUGCUGCCAUAUUUGGUUUUAACAAAGAAUUCGUCACGUAUACAAACAAGCAUUGGAGUCCGCUCGAAUGGGACCAUGUUGACAAUGAGGUUCUUGCUUACUGUGCAUCCAAAAAGUAUGCUGAAAAGGCUGCUUGGGAAUUUGUGGAACAGGAAAAGCCAAACUUCAAGAUAUCUACGAUUUGUCCACCUUACGUGUUUGGACCUCAAGUUUUUGAUUGGAUGGCUGCUCGUAAACUGAAUACCUCCAACGAGCUGAUUACAAACUUAAUCAAAGCUCCGCAAACCACGGAAUUCGUGGAAAAGCCUAGCGGUCUUUUUGUUGACGUGAGAGAUGUGGCAAAAAUCCACAGGCUUGCAUUGGAAAAGGAGGCUUCAUAUGGAACCAGAUUGUUUAUUGGCUGUCAAACGUUUACGGGCCAGACAUUGCUCAAUAUACUGAAUAAGAACUUCCCAGAUAAAAAACUUGCUGUUGGAGCCCCAGAGAAAGAUGAUCCAAGCAAAGUAUUUGGAUUCGACAUUGACAAUGUAAUUGAAUCUCUCGGAGGCUACGAGUUCAUCCCUCUUGAACGGUCAGUCGUUGAUACGGUCUCUCAGUACUGGAAAAUGACUGAUUAA